AUGGUCGAUCUGAACACCAAGGGCGAAAAGAAAUUUCGCUCAGGUGGCCGUCCGCCUGAAGAUGUGCUUCUCAAACUCAACAAGACGAUUGGCAAAGAUCGCAAGCAGACGUAUGGUUUGAACAGGACGGAUGACGAGAAGGUGCUCAAGGCUCGUGAGAUCGAGCAUCGCUGGACGCGCAUUGUAACCAAUGACCUGGAGUCAAUUCCCUUUGCACUCUUUAUCUUUGGCAUUGGCGUCCUGGUCAAUAGCAAUCCUAUCGUGCACACAGGCGCCAUGACCAUCUACACGGUUUCACGCUGCUUGCUCACAUACGCGUACGCACACAGGAUGCAGCCACAUCGUUCCAUUUGCUGGCUUGGAGGCGUAUUCGCCACUGUAGUUGGCCUUGGUAACGCUAUCAUUGCCAUCCUGUAG